AUGACCGAUACGGUGGAGUCCCAUGGAGGGCCGGGCGAUGACGAAAUCAAGCCAUAUCGCAUCCACGUGUCGAGCAAGUAUCUCGAUCUCACCAAGCGCAAGCUUGAGCUCACGAGGCUCCCCCAUGAAGUUCCGAAGCCCACGUCGGCGGACUGGUGGGAGCCCAAGCCCCAGGUCGAGCCGCUGAUUGACUUUUGGUGA